UAAAAAAAAAUUUUUUUUUACUAGACAAUUUCAAAGAUGAUCGACCAUUCCCGAAAUUUACCCCCAAAACAGAUAUAUCUGCCUCUUAAUUCAGCUAGAAGAUUUUAAGUAAGACAUUAAAUUAUUUUCCUUUAAACGGGUAAUUAAAUUAAAUAAUUAUAUUUUUGAUCCGAAAGGUUGGCCAUGUCAUUGAGCGAAGACUACAAAGUUAAACCAUUGUAGAGCAAAACUCAGAAUUGUAUUAAGAGAGAGAAAUUGAGGCAAAGUUGAAGAUUAGCCUCUACAGCUGAGAGGAGAAACUCAAGUGGAGUUUCCUAAUUUAUAGUCUCAGUUACCCUUGAUGGAUCAAGCAACAGAUGAGCAGUUGGAUUAUGGUGAUGAAGAAUAUGGAGGAAGCCACAAGAUGCAGUACCAUGGAAGUGGAACAAUUCCUGCAUUAGCAGAGGAUGAAAUGAUGGGUGAAGAUGAUGAAUAUGAUGAUCUCUACAAUGAUGUUAACAUUGGGGAAGGUUUCCUGCAGCUGCAGCAGUCAGAGGGUCCAAUUCCUUCUGUUGAUACGGGAAAUGGAAGUUUUCAAGCCCAGAAAGCUAGUUUUCCUGAUUCAAGUGCUGGUGGUAUAGGAUCGGAGGAGGCGAAAAUCCCUGGUGUUGCAACAGAAAGGAAGUAUGCUAGCACUGAAGUUCAAUUCCCCCAGCAAAAGGGUGGGUCUGUAGUUGAAAGGGAAAUUGAACGACCUGCUGAUGCUGCAAAAAAAGCAAGGCCUUCAGCAAUUACAUUGACUCUCAAUUCUCAAGUGGGAAACUCUGGUUACCAAGGAUCCAUGCCAAUGUCCCAGACAACUGGAGCUGAUCCAAUCACUAUGCCAGAAAAAAAUGCCAGUGAAGUAACACCAUUGGUGAAUUCUGGUGUGGCUGGAUCAAGAUUUGUUUCGCACAUGCCAACUAAUCAAUUGAAUUCAAGUGGGAAUGUUAACAUGAAUAGCCCAAUUAUUAGUGAGACUCCUAUAAGGGCAUCUCUGGAGAAUGGCAACACGAUGCUUUUUGUUGGAGAAUUGCACUGGUGGACUACUGAUUCUGAGCUUGAGAGUGUGCUGACUCAAUAUGGUAAGGUAAAGGAGAUCAAAUUCUUUGAUGAGAGAGCUAGUGGCAAGUCUAAAGGCUAUUGUCAAGUUGAGUUCUUUGACCCAGCUUCUGCAGCUGCUUGCAAAGAAGGAAUGAAUGGUUAUAUAUUCAAUGGGCGAGCCUGCGUUGUCGCAUUUGCAACUCCACAAACUAUAAAACAGAUGGGUUCCUCAUAUGUGAAUAAAACUCAAACCCAGGUGCAGUCUCAACCACAGGGUCGGAGACCCAUGAAUGAGGGAGUAGGUAGAGGUGGAGUAAAUUACACCCCUGGAGAUGCUGGGAGGAAUUUUGGAAGAGGUAGCUGGGGGCGUGGAGGGCCAGGAAUGGCUAACAGAGGACCUGGGGGUGGACCAGUGAGGGGAAGAGGAUCCAUGGGAUCAAAGAAUAUGGUGGUGAAUCCUGGAGCUGGCAAUGGUGCUGGUGGAGCCUUUGGGCAAGGACUUGCAGGUCCUGCUUUUGGUGGUCCUCCUGCAGGUCUAAUGCAUCCCCAGGGCAUGAUGGGUCCUGGUUUUGAUCCCGGUUUUAUGAGUCGAGGAGCUGGUUAUGGAGGAUUUUCUGGUCCUGCAUUUCCAGGGAUGAUUCCUCCAUUUCCAGCUGUUAAUCCUUUGGGUCUUCCUGGGGUGGCUCCUCAUGUGAACCCUGCAUUCUUUGGUCGAGGAAUGACUGCAAAUGGAAUGGGAAUGAUGGGUACUGCUGGGAUGGAUGGGCCUCAUCCAGGUAUGUGGACUGACACAAGCGGGGGCGGAUGGGGAGGAGAAGAAAAUGGCAGGAGAACUAGAGAGUCCAGUUAUGGUUGUGAAGAUAAUGCAUCAGAGUAUGGCUAUGGAGAGGCUAGCCAUGAUAAAGGAGCCAGGUCAAGUGCUGUGUCCAGGGAAAAGGAACGCGGUUCUGAGCGUGACUGGUCAGGAAACUCUGACAGGCGGCAUCGUGAUGAAAGAGAACAUGACAGAGAGAGGUAUGAUAAGGAUCACAGAUACAGAGAAGAAAGGGAUGAUUACCGGGACUAUCGUCAAAAGGAGCGUGAAUCAGAGUAUGAGGAAGACUAUGACCGUGGACAGUCCUCUUCAAGGUCCCGUAGCAGAUCCCGAGCAGCUCAGGAGGUGGAUCAUAGGUCUAGAUCAAGAGACACAAAUUAUGGGAAACGUAGACGUGCACCUUCUGAAUGAUCUUAUCUUUGCUGCCGUGCAUCUGUUCCAAGUCUUUUAUAGGACUACAGGUGCAAUUAUUAACCUUUGGUGGUGUCCUUCCUCCAGCUACUUGUAUGCAGUGGCGUCCUUGCUGUAUUUGUUGGUGCUGAUAUUCUGUGGUUUCAGGAAUUAAAGAAGUAAGUCAAAUACUUCUACGAUUUGGGAAGUAGAUAUAGAUCCUUUUAUUCUACUCCCUAUAAACCUCAUUUGAUGCAGAACUUCUAUUUGUGCUAAGAUUAUUACUUUAUUAAAAAACUCUUAUGGGUUUGCUUGACGAGUUAGAUCUUCUUGUUUUUUACCUUAAGAGUUGUGGGCCCUUUUGUUUACGAUUGUUUGCUGGCCAAGUUCUUUCAGUUAGUUAUAUUAGCUUAAUCCAAAAGCUGAGAAAUAGGCUAAUGUAUCUUUCUGCUUGGCAUUUUCGAUUUGCUGCUCAUGUGAUUGUUUGCCUGAUGGCCGGGGUUUGGGGCGCCGGGGCUCCUUUUCUUGGCUAUUCAUCUCUAAGCUGCCAGACCUUCUAGGUAGCUUUGGAGGUACUCUGCUGGACUCUUGGGCAUCGAUUAUUUAUCGCGGAUUCAUGUAUUAGCUGACAUUUGUUAGAUGCUGCUCUCUCUCUCUCUCUCUCUCUCUCUCUCUCUCUCUCCUUGAGUUAGGUCUAUGUGGUUUAUUUCUCUGUGAUGAAGUAAUGAUUGCUUUAUUAGCAGUAUCAGUUUGAGGGAUUUUGACAUUUACUUUAUGGACCAAGCAAACUCCUCUCUCUCUCUCUCUCUUUCUCUCUGAUUUUGUGAAUAACCGUAAGAUCCUCCUUGAGUUAGGUCUUUGUGGUUUAUUUCUCUGUGAUGAAGUAAAGAUUGCUUUAGUAGCAGUAUCAUUUUGAGGGCUUUUGACGUUUACUUUAUGGACCAAGCAAACUUCUCAUGUGACACCAACUCCUCCUGCCCCUGUAGAAGAGAAUAGGGGUACUAACUUAUAGAUCCUUCAUGUUUUCAAUGCUGGCCCUUAAUAUGAGUUCACACAAGGAUUUAGAGUUGCUUUUUUCUGUUCCUGAUAGAUAUAAGCUAAAAAUAUAGGCCCAUCUGCAUGGUUGUAUAGCUAAAAGAUUUUGUAUAUAUACUUUGCUUAUUUGUGUUUGAUUGAUAUUGUUUCAUCUAUUCUUGAAUGUCAUUAGUACAGGCAGAAACGCAGAGACAGACAUUGCAUGCCACGUCUAGUUUCGAACUAUGUUGAAUCUGUGACUAUUUGCUUUAUGUGCAUUUGUUUGUACAAUUCUAGUUGUAUCGUCCUCUGAUUUGAAGUGCUGUUUGAGAGGGUUUGACCAUUUGACCUUCUUCCUGAGGCAGUUAAAGAUCAGUUUGUAUUAUCCCUUCUUUCCUUUUGGGUUCUAUGUCAAUUUAAAUUCAUCUCUUAACUGUUAUUGGCAUCUAUACCUGACACACUUAUGGAUUUGAUUUGGGUUCUGUCAUUUUUCAUGAGAUUAACAUGCGAAUUUUCUCUAAUUAUCAUAUUCAGGGAGUCGCGAGGCAACUCUCUGUUUUUCGUGACUAAAUCAGCAUAUUUUGGUUAUCUGGAGGAAGAUGGGUUAAAUUGGACAAUUUUUUGAAAAUUCUAGUCUCUGCCUAGUGCGCCUGAGAUAUUUGGCUGUAAUUUUUGCUUCCUUUAGCAUAUAACAUUGUUGGCAUCCAAUUUAGAUAGGGAUGCAUCAGCAGGCCCACCAGUCUUUAAAAGCUCUCUAUUUGAGCUAUGUAUUGUAGAUCAUGUAGUAGGUUCCAAUCAUGUGUAAUGUUUCAUAUGCGUAUUUUUUGCUCUUAUUUGAGCUUUGUAAAGAUCUUGUACUACGUCUGUUGAGCACUUUGGCCUGUAGAUAUCGCUAGGUUAGCUGUGGUCAGUUAGCAACUUUUGUAUGGUGUUGUAAUCCGAAAUAUAGGUGAUUGCUGUAACAUCUGGAGGAGUUGGCUUGUUAUUCAUUGCAGUUAUGCCAAUAUGAGUUUUAAAUCUAGAAGAUCCAUUUGCCAUGGACCAUGUACAUUCCAAGACACAGAUAGUGACUGCAGUUUGCAUCUGUGGAAACUCCUCCCUGUAGGCUUAUAAAAAAAUUGUAGUUGGAUCUCACACCAAGUGUAAAUUUCUGUUGUAAUAUCUGAAAUUUUUUGAUUUUA